AUGCGGUAUACAGAUCAUGUUAAUGUAACAGCCGGCGGCACACGGCUUCCUCUGGCCGGAUUUCCCGCGCCAAGGGCGGCUGUCCUAAUGUGUUCAGCGGCCAUGGGCGCAGAGGGUUCCGUAACAUUGCAACUGAGGGAGGCCGAAGGUCCAGCGGACGCCGCAGCCCUUGGUUUCGGAGGUGUCUUGGCCCGCUUGCAAGACGACUCGGAUGCUGACCUACUGGCGGACAUGCUGGGCACAUUGCACGCAGCCGGUGUUGUUGAUGCAGAAGGUGGCGGCACUGCUUCCUUUGGCAUCUUAGAGGCAUGUCCUGAUCAGGAAUUGGCCAUCCUCGGCAGUCCUGCUGAACCUGAACAAGCAAGUAGCACGGCGGAACCGGUAGCAACCACAACAACUACGACGGAGACGGCUCGAAUUCAGGCGGCGAAGAGGCCGAGGCCGAAGGCUGCCUCGCCGACGAGGCAAGGACCGCAACAGUGCCAGAUGUGCAGCAAAGUUUUUGGAAACGCUUCUGCUCUGGCAAAGCACAAACUGACACAUAGUGAUGAGCGCAAAUACGUUUGUACUAUGUGCGCUAAAGCAUUCAAAAGACAAGACCAUCUAAAUGGUCAUAUGUUAACGCACCGGAACAAGAAACCCUAUGAAUGUAAGGCUGAAGGCUGCGGCAAAUCCUACUGCGAUGCACGAUCCUUACGGCGUCAUCGAGAGAACCAUCAUGGUUCCUCAACGGCAACAGAUGGUUCAAGUGGAAAUCAGAGUGCGGUUAGCGGCAGCAACACCGCCAGCAGCAAUAAUAACAAUAGUGCUUCCAAUGCCGAGACCGCGGCGGGAUCGCCUUCCGCCGCGAGCUCGUUAUCCCCAUCCACAGCAUCAGGUGAUGCAUCAUCACCUCAUGGUUCUUCCUGCAUCCAGUACGUGGCUUCUCCAACUCAGUCUGGUCAUCGGACAGCAACAGUAAGCCACCGCAGCAGCACAAAUCAUACACAUUCACGUAGUAAUUCCACAAGCUCGACAGCAAUUAGUGCUGGCGCAGGCAAUGAAGGUUUGACAACGCAGCAAUUAGAACUUAUAAGCCAAAUUAUGCAGCAGACAAAGCAGCAGUCUUUACAGCAGCAAAAUAUUAAUAGAAACAACAAACCUCCAAGAACGUGGAAUAUGCAGACACAAUUGCAGCAAUCACAGAAAAAAACAAAUAAUGUGACAUCAACAACCGCCGUCACAAGUACCAACAUAGCAACAGUGAAAAUAUCCAACGGCAGCAAUGGCAACAGCGUUCAUAGCAGUGUUUCUGAUGCUAAAUCAGGAACUGUUGAUCAGUUAGAACCGAAACCGGUUGAAUGCAAUUUAUGUCAUCGGAAGUUUAAAAAUAUACCAGCUCUUAACGGACAUAUGAGGUUGCAUGGAGGUUAUUUUAAAAAGGAUUCUGAUAAUAAAAAACCUGAUAAAAAAGAAUCAGCGUUGCCUCCAUUACAAACUGCAAGUCAAAGUGUUCGUGCUCUGAUAGAAGAAAAAAUUAUAAGCAGACAACAACGCAGUACUGUCACAACACCCACUUCUACAACACCUCAGGUGCAGCAGGUUGCCCGUCAGCAGGUUCAACAGAUAAUAAAUCGCAGCAGUGAUUUUGCUGUACCUGCGACUCCUCCAAGAAGAAGUUCAGAAGGAGAAGCGCAAUACACUGAACCUACCACUACGACAACAAACAAUGGAAAGGACGCCACACUCAUAGAACUCCUCAAACGUGGAACCAAGCUCCAAGUAAAAAGAUCUCUGUCAGAUUCUGGUGCAUCAGCUUCCGUCCAACUUAAUCUGCAGCAGACAAAUACAACAACUGCCAGUGUUACAGCAGGAGAAGUAUUUACGUUAGCUUAUCAAAAUCCAACCACUGGAAGUACUAAUACUUUUUACACCGCUGGUGAUGAGGUAUAUGUCCAAGAUACUGCGAUGCUACUUCAGGCGGUGAAUUCCAUUCAGUUAUUGCAGCAGGAAACAGAUUCCGAAGAGCAAGAGACCUUACAAGAUAUAGCGAGUUUAGAAGAUUAUGCUGCAGUUUCUGCUGAUCUUGAUGUCCAAAGCCCUGAAGGUUUUUCAGCCAGCUCCGGUUGUGGGACCACAGGGUCUUUGUUUGCGCCUGUGACAAGAGAACUAAGGGCUGUACUGGAUUCACCACUUCCAGAAGGGCUCGCAGAAUUAGGAGCUUAUCAAGAUCCUCCACAUUCGCCGAAAGAUCUUGCGGCUUACCAAAAAGAAUACCUAAUGUACACUGGUUCACCACCAUCGCCCUUGCGUUAUCCUUGUGAUUCGCCUGGUUUAGGCUAUCCCACGCCUCCAGCAUCCCACGAGACUCAGGCUUCACAACAUUCGCUUGAUUUGCAACAGCAACAGCAACAUACAUUAGAUCUUCAACAAGAACUUCAACAGCACAGUGCACUCGAUCAGCAACAGCAGCAAAACACGUUAGACCAACAUUCGUUGGAAUUAGAACAACAUACACUUAGUUCUUUAGAACGAAAUAUAGAACAACAACAAAGAUGUUUCUCUUUGGAAGAAGCCAGACAAAGCAGCAGUCCCCUAUCUGCUGCAUUCUUUACCGCAACGAUGUCCAGCGCCGAAGAAGUUGAAGAAGCUCUGGAAACUGUUUUACCUGGAGAAAUGGAUGUCUAUGACCCACAAAGCCCGUUACAAAUGUCAUAUUUGCAAACUGCUCAACAAAUGAUGAUGCCCAAUUCAGAUGAUCCACUAUUGUCAAGCAGCCCUAAAGAUUUUGCUGGAAGGAAAAAGUUUGAAUUCAUUAAUCGAAAUCUAAGACGCGGAUAUUCCUACGUGGAAAGUGGGUCAAAAACUGAUGAUUCAAAUAGCUACAUGUGUGAAUCUGUAACCCGUUCCCGAAAACGACCACGUUCUUUAGAAAUGUGGUCUGGGGACGCAGAUACUGAAACAGGAGAGAUAGCGCCUUGCUACCGAAAAUUAUAUUGUUCUAGACUCAAAGCUGGUCUUAGCGGACCUCUACAGUUUACGCCUGCACCUAUGCUUGAUCCAGACAGGUCUGGCACCGGUCUGUUUAGGCAACUUGGAAUAAACAUUCAACAAAAUAGUGCUGAAUUAGGAGAGAGUUCUGAACCAAUGAUUAAUAUAGGUACAGCAUACCAAGCAUCAAUACCUGAAUGUUCCUCUCUUAGAGAAAUGGAUGAUCCAAUUAGGGAGCAUUUGCUAUGGGAUCCUGGCAUAACCAACGAUUCUGAUGAACAAGUUGACCGUUACAUACGUUUUUGCUCCGCUCCUUCAUCAACUUGGAGCAGCGGCUCUUUAGGUGAGGAAGAAGCUUUACUUGAAUUGAUGAGACGCGGCGGCAGUACAACGGUAGCUAAAGCGGCACUCAUACGAAGUGGAGCAGGAAGGUCUAUUGCUGCGGCAAGCGAACCUACAACCUGGACGAGGGACGAAGUUGAUGCUUUCCAAGCAGGAGUGAUGCGGUGGCGGAAAGACUUUGGAGCAAUUUCCAGAGAGAUUGGAAAUAAAACUGUCAGUCAAUGCGUUGCAUUUUACUACAUAUGGAAGAAAGUAGCUGGUGACUACAAAUCCUUCUUUCCCACUCAGCGGGUUCCUGUGCAAGAAGAUACCAUGGUUACAGCCCAUUCAACGGUCACUGCCAGCGGAGUACCAGCUGUAGUUGACUCCAGACCUCACCAUUGCGAAAUGCCUGAUUGCUCUGCAAGCUUCAGUUCCCGAGCAGCCCUUCAUGGCCACACCAGAAUCCACUGUAGUGGCGCAGGAGGUAAUUCGGCAGUGUCUCAGCAAACAGCAAGCAAUAAUGUUAGUCAUACUGCAAAUGUGUGUACUACAACAUUGACAGGAACUUCAUUGCUGCAGCAGCAAUUAACCGCCCACGAUCAGACCGCGGAUGAGUACCCUUGCAGGAUCUGUGGAAAAGUUUUCAUAAAAGUAAAAAGCCGCAGUGCACACAUGAAAUCACACCGGCCGGUGGAGGCGUCAGAUACGAAUCGCUCAGGUAACAAGAAUUCGACCCUGGUGCCCAGGUCGCCAGCGCCGGUUCUACCUAUGUCCUAA